AUGGGCACCAAACCAAGCAAAUUACGUCAUUUAUUACAUCAACAAAAAUAUUCUUCAAAUAAAAAUUAUUCCCCUCAACUCAAUUUAAAAAAGAAUAAAUUAAUAAUUUUAAAAAGAGCAGUUGCUGGAGCAUCUUAUACAGCAACAACAAAAUGGAAGAAUAAUAAUAAUAAAUCUGGAAGUAUAAUAGAAUUGAUAGAUGAUAUUGAAUUAAAUGAGUAUAAACAAAAUGAAGAUAAUAUUGAAAUUGAAGAAGCAAAUAAAUUUAAAAGCCAGGAAAAUGAGGUAGUUAUUAAUAGAGCUUGA